UGGUUGUGAUCAUAGGAAGGGAAAUUUGCAGCCACCUCCAUCUUUCUUAAUUUCUGUUGUCAGGAUACAGUCUCUUGGUUUGUUCUUUUAAGUGUGUGGAAAUGAGCUACAGGGAAGGGCAGCUGGAGGUUUGGUGGUGGGGGGAAAAUGAGAGGAAGCUCUCCCAAUUUAAAAGAGUGAGAAGAGAAGGUCAAAGGCAGACACGAAACCUAAUUAAGGGCAGAAUUUCCAUUUGGAGUGGGGCUGUAUUUUUUUCCAGGCAAAUUCAAGGCACUUUCAUUAUGGUGUACGUACCUAUUUAAUAGUCCAAAGCCUCCCUGUAUUUGAUC